CAUAGGAUAUAGGCUAGCAAGACUUGAAAAAUGUCGGUGCCCACUGUGAAAAAAAGAAGAAUUGUAUCAAAAAAUGAUGAUGAUCAAAGUAGUAGUUCAUCACCAAAGAGGGACUCUAAAAAGCCAGUACUUAUCAAAGUCAAAAGGGAGCACUCUCCAUACGAUGAAGAGAAGGAAGUAGGUGCCCGAGACAUGGAGAAAGAUCUUCAGCUUCACAAUGAGACGUCAAUGAAGCUGAGGAGUCUGAUGGCUGAUAUCCAUGCCCACAAAUCUCAGGAGCCAUCCGGAACUAUGAAGAAUGAGGAGAUGGAAGAGAAGCAGAAGGAAGCUGCCCUCUUGUUUGUAACUAUGAAGAAAUUGAAUCGGAUGUCUCACCUGAGAUGCAAGAAGGCUCGGGAUGAGACACAGGGAGCCAAGCAGAAGGUGGACAACUUGCAUCUACAACUUCAGAAUCUUCUCUAUGAGGUCAUGCAUCUACAGAAGGAGAUCACAAAGUGUCUGGAGUUCAAAUCCAAGGAUGAAGAUAUUGAGUUAGUUGAUGUGGAAACCUUCUACAAGGAAGCUCCUCCCAGUAUAUCUAAACCAUCAACCACCAAACAUGAUGAACAUAAGCUGCAAUUAGCUAGGCUUGACUGGGAAUUAGAACAAAGGAAAAGAUUGGCAGAACAGUACAAAGCUAGACAGGGAAACCGUGAUGGAGUUGCCAAAUGUAUUCACCAGAAGAAAGAUUACCUUGAGAGCCUGCAACCAAGACUAACAAAUAUUCUUGAGGCUACCAUACCAGUUCAGCAGUAUUUAUCAAUGCCUUUCAAUGAGAUCCGAUCUCAACACCAGUUAGCCAAGCUUCUACCCAGGCCACUAUACUUCCUCUAUGUACAGGCCAAUGCAUACCAUGAAGCUUGUGAUGGAUCAAUGACUUUGAAGAUAGAGGGUGAUGCAGAGACGGCAUCCUCUACGCUCUCAGCUUCUAACGAGGACGAGGAGGACAGUGAUUCAGACAAUGAAGAAUCACUUUCUGAAUCUAAACGUAGGAGAAAAACUAUGGGAGACAAGUUAGAAGAACAAAGACAGAAGAUUCUUGCUAAGCAUCCCCUGCAGGUUAUCAUGACUCUUAGAUUCAAAGGUGGUACUCUCCUGACGCUUACCUUCAACUACAUGAUGGUGCUUCAGAUCAUUACAGUCAAUGUGGAAAUCAAGCUUGGUGGUACUGUUCAGCAAGUUGCCAACUCAGCCAGUGGUCUCUUAUCACCGUCAAAUCUUCUGAGCUUGCUGUUUCCUGGGGAUGAUGGGAAGGAAUCGCCCAACGCAACCAAUGCCUACCAGCUCAGCAAGAUUGGCAUGAAUGACCUUGCUUCGUACGUCGGUCAGAUUGGUCAUCCAUACUGUUGGGCUCAGUGGUUGGGUGGAUUAGACUUCUUAUCAGAUGGUGAUAGUAACACAGUCAAGGCAUCAGCCCGUGUCAGUAACAGUCAUAUGGAGUCAACCGUCAAGGCCUUGAAGGCCAGGGUUAAGGCAAGACUGGAUCUGAAUCGGCAGCUUGUCAGUCUAGAAGCCAAAACAAUAGCAGUUCCUGCAGCCUCUAUUAAUUUGUUCCCGACCAAGAUCUGUUCAUCGCUCAAAUCCUGGACCACCAUAACUGCUGAAGACUUCCAGAUGAUACCAUUUUUGAAGGGACACCCUUCUGCUGACAGAUUGGAUGACUCUCGUACGAUCUUUCAAGCCAUGAUGGAGCGAAGAUCAGCCAAACUUCAGGUUUUGAUACUACUGGGCUUAGACUACCCUAACCAGCCUCCUCAUUUUAUUCUCAACCUCCAAUGGCAAGGGCAACGUAACUCAAACAAUGAUCUUCACAUCAGGGACAUGGAAGCAGAGUUGAACAUCCACUACGGAGAGCUGAUCGGCAAGAAGACCGUCAAUUACCUGAUGACAAACCAGCUCCAGAGGGUUCUCAUGUGUCUUGAUGUGUACCUUGAGACUCAGCAAGGACGGAGAAGGGACCAACAGGGUGCGGGCAGUACUGAAGGACCAUCAGAGUUUGUCAUGGAGAAGAUGUACACAAGAGUUACAAGGGGAAGAAAUCGAUCCAAACCAUUCAAGUACAACUCUCUGCAAGGAUACUUUAUGCAACGUUUAUAAGACAACAUUCCAGUCUAAUUGUGUUAUUUUAAAGUGGUUAAAAACCAGCUGUCUGCAAUCCGAACCAUUUCUUAUUUUUCCAAAUUUCUUUAGCUCUUGGCUCCAAAGGAAGCGAAACUAUUCUCUAAGAAUCACAAAUUACAUCGAUUUGGAAAAAAAUUUGGUGGUGGUGGUGAUUUUGUACCCAAUUGAUUUGGAUUUGUGAAUGUUUGUAAGCAAGAAAGCAGAGGACCGAAGGCUGAUGAAAAUAAAUGCCUUACCAAGGGGCACUAAUAACACACUAAUUUGCAAUCAUACCCAUUGGCGGCGGAAACCAAAAAUUUUUUUAGGGGGACACAGGCAAAAAAUAUCGACCAAAAAAAAAAAAGGUCAUCAGCAAAAAAUUUAGGGGGGAUGAUGAUGUCUCUAUUGUUAUCAAGUUUCAUUUUUUAAAUGGUAAUAGGUAAAAGAAGGCUGAUUAGUACUACCGUAAAGCUCUGGAAGUAACGUUUCAUUCUAAAUUUGAAUUAGGUUUGUUUAUGUAAGUGAAGGUAGCCCAAUAUGCCUCAAACUUGCAGCAAUCGCUCUUGCCCAAUACAGUACAUCCUCAAGAUGACUCUCAUAUUCCCCCUCUACUUCAUUUGCUUCCUCCAAAAAUAGAAAACCCGUAUAGAGGCAUUGGUUAACAUCAAUUUGACUAUUUAAAUAUUGAGUUGUAAGGCCCUGAUUGUUGCCUGUUCCUCUGAUAUAUUGUAUAAGCCCUGAAUUUAGUGCUUCAAAUAAGUGAAAAUGUACAAAUGACUGGAAACACCAUUGCAGUUUCAGGAGAGAGAAAUUCAAUAAGUUUCAUUGAGACAUCUUGAAUAUGAUGCUUUUUCUUCCCCAAGAUAUUUUUUGUAUGAACAAAACUGAAUACAGAGCUGCCAACCUGAACAAGAACAUUUCGGUAAUUUCAAAGCUGAAAAUCAGUAUUUCCGAAGAAGUGCCGUAGAAUAACAAAGAGAAUUGAAACUUCAAAAAUCAGUAUUUUUCUAAUUUUUCAUGGCUAAAUAAUGAAAAUGAGUACUACUUGGCAGCUCUGGGGCCCGUUGCAGAAAGAGUUGCAAUCAAUCGCAACUCACUCGCAACUUGAUUUUCAACCAAUCAACAGCGCGUAUAUGGGUCUUGCGAUUGAAUUUUGGGUUUGUGUUCAAACGCAACUCUUUCUGCUACGGGCCCUGUAAUGUUUAACUUUUAAUAAUUUUGUAUACUACUACUCGGCCCUUCCCCCCAACCCACCACCACCACACAGACAUACACGCCUGUUAAUAUAAAUGGGAUCGGAUUUGGGAUCAAAGAAAAAUUCAACAUUAUCUAGACUUCAUGGAAUCAUUGUCACCUUUUCUGUGAAUCUGUCAUUCUGAUUAAUUUUAUACCAUGUGUAGAUAUUUUCAUGUUCAUUUAUUGACUUUGUGGAGAUAAUCUUUGUCUUGACAUACACACAAAUCAUGAGGCAAAGCCACUGUAAUGUUGUGUUUUCAUCUUUAUUGAACAUAAGUUUGUUCACAAGUACAUAAUUUACAUUUGUAAAUACAUGUAUCAUGUUAUGUACAUUCAAGUCUCAAAGGGUUUACAAUAAAAUGAAAUCAAAAUGAACUCUUUAAACAGCAUGUUGCAUUAUUUUCUAAUUUUAUACAUAAGUGUGAGACAAAACUGAAAGUACAGUAGUGAGUACCUAUGAUGAAUUUCAUAAGGAAAUAGAGAGCUUGAUUGAGAAAUUGUGUUGUCAUUUCAGGUGAUAAACAUGAAAUAUAGCAGAGAUAAUGAAAGAGAGGGGUUGUCACAAAGUGAGAUGUGUAAUUUUCUUUUAAUGAAAGUGACAGUGUACACUCAAAUAUUGAAACAAGAGAUUGCUCGUUUGUUUUACUUGUUACAUAACCUGGGCCUCGUAAUACAAUGCUUUAUGAACUGUUUGCUUUUCAUGGUUGUUUGCACAUAACUUCUAGUGUAAUAAAUCACUAAAAUGAUCAAAUGAUCAAUCAAGAAUUUUUUUUUGAUUACACAAGAAAUCAAUUUUUUUACAGAUUUGUUUUCAUUUACAAUCAUUAGGAAUGGUAUAAAUAGUAUUGAGGCAAAAAUCAACAAUCGGGGAGCUUUAUUUAUAUUAGUACAUAUUAGCAAAAGUAUGAUUUCAUUAAUAAAUAAAAUAAUUCAUUUAAAAUAAAAUAUGAUUUCAGUGAAAUUUACCAAUGAAAUCCUGUAGAUAACAUCAUUGUCUACCAUCAUGCAAAGUUUCGCCAUGAUGGCAUGAUAGCGGCAGAGAUCUUAAGUGACAAGAAUCAAUGUACCCCGGGAUUAUUGGGCCCAUUUUCUGAAGUUCUGGUUUAAUCUAAACUCUGGUCUAAGUUGUGGUUUAACUAUGGAUAGCCAAUUGUGACAUACAUUUCUAACAGAGAGGAUCAUAGUAUCUCAUUUGACUCUCAAAUCAUUAAUUGUCUGGGAAGAUUAAAUAGAUAAUUGUCUUCACCAUCAAAAAAUUAUGAAAGAGCACAGUAAACAUAAGAAACACCAUGUGAACAAAUUCUGACAUGUUUGGCUUCCCAUAAUUUUAGCACAGAGUUGGACCACGGUCUAAAUUAAACCAGAGUUCAGAAUACAGUCUUUAGGGUGAAAAUUGUGAGCAGGAACAUGGCCUAUAUAGAUAGCUCAAUACUAAGUGAGACUUGUCCUAAAAUUUUCAUAUUGGUGCUGUGCAGAAGAAAACUUGAAAAAAUCCAUUGUCGCAGAUAUAACCCUGAAGUAUUGGCAUAAAUACGGAUAUCUAUAUUUAUUCAACCUACUCCACAAUGAUUCUUGGCCAUUUCGUCAACGGUCAUCUGAACCGAUGUCACACAUACAACAGUGCAAACCAUUUUCAGAGAAAAUCUACUUCAAAGUCCACACUUUGUUCCCAAGCCUUACAUUUUCAUUGCUG